AUGAAGGUCUCUGGAAUUUCUGCCCUUGCUUGCAUACUUGCCCCUGGCUCAUGUGCUACUGGUUCAUAUAGUGGAAGUUCAUAUGGAAACAAAACUGUCACAGUCACUUCCACCGUCACAGCUCCUAGCUCUACCGUUACCGCUACCGUUACCGUUACCGCUCCGGCAUCAUAUAACAAUCAGGGCGCCACAAGCUAUGGUUCAUCCGGUGGCACAAUUGUUGGCGGUGGCGGUUCUAAAAGUUAUAUUCCAGCUUCUUCAACAUAUAUCGGCCCUCCAUCAACUUACGUCGGCAACUCAAAGUCGGGUGCAAUCGCUCCCCCAUAUGUCGCUACAUCUGGCACUGUGGUAACCUCCGUAGACUAUAGCUACAAGGCAACUUCUGUCUGGGUCUAUCCUGUGGGAUCCAGCCCAACCAAGGAUUGCACUGUUGCGAUUUACGAGGAGACUACUGUCACCGUCGUUGUCAUCAACAUCAAUAUUACCAUCAUCAAUGGUCAAGCAACAACAAUCUGUUCCACGAUCAGCGGACAAAUGCCAACAACGACACCACCCAUACCAGCGCCACCAACCACCUAUUCGCAACCUCCUACUUCAACUUCUGUCUGGAUUCCCGGUGGCGGAUAUAACGGCACAAUGACUCAAUCCAAGUCUGCUGGUUCAACUUCUACCUCCACUCCCGGCGGUGGAUCCAACAGCACCAAGGUCCACAACGUAGUUGUCGGCGCCGAGGGCAAACUCCUGUACAAGGACAAUCAAAUCAUUGCUAGCAUUGGUGAUAUCAUCCGAUUCGACUUCAACAGCACCAAUCACACCGUCACGCAAUCAACCCUCCAAAAGCCUUGCGAGCCACUCAAGGAUGGCUUCGAUACCGGAUUCACGCACUUUAACAACCAGAGCCGCACCGGUGUUCUCCCAACCGUAGACUUCGUCGUCAGCGUCUCUACGCCCCUCUGGUUCUACUGCGCACAGCCCAAGGGAACUCACUGCCAAAAGGGUAUGGUUCUCGGCAUUAACCCAGGUACCAAGUUCCCUGAAUUCCUGAGCGCCGCCACUGCUUCAACUGGCUUCUCUAAGAGCACUGGCACCCCAUCCGGAACCGGUGCCUACGGAACCGGCAAGACUUCUUCCAGCAGCCCCAGUGCCUCUGCAUCUAAAUCCUCCACAAUCAGCGGUUCAGCUCAGCACCCAACCACUUCCACGACUGCCCCUGGUGAAUACCAAUAUGCCAAGCGCGGCUACUGGGGGGCAUAA